AUGUUGAUUUUUUUCUUAGCUUUAACAAUCAAUUGUUUACAGACCUCCUUAACAACAAAGUUAACUUAGUUAGGCGUAUCAAACAUGGGAAGAUCUAUCAUAUUAUUAUCCCAAUUGGAUUAAACAAACACGAAUGAACUAAUGCAAGCACUCAAUCAGAUAAAGAAUAAUAUUUUAGAUAAAAUUGAAACAGAAACUAAAUCAUAUACUACAUAUACAAAUAGACAAUAGAGUGACAUUGAAUAUCAUGAACAUAGAAUAAAUGAUCUAUAAGUAGAAUUAGCUACAUUAUAAGUUGAAAUUCGACGACUGGAUAGAUCUAUUACAUUUUAAGAAGCAGAUAUCAUUUCCAAAAAGUAAGAAGUUUAAAAUUUUGUGAAUUCUAAACAAUCAUUGAUUGAUUGGUAAAAAAGGGAAGAUUAAGUUUACACUAAUUAAUAAAAUUCCUAUAACAAAGCCUUAAGUUCUAUAGAUACUGCAAUAGAUCUUUUGGAAAAAGGAAAAUAAUCUAACUUUAUUGAGGAGCAUUCAGAUACUUUUAGCGUAGUUGGUGAAGAGCUACAAAAUAAUUUGGAACCAGAAUAUCAACAAAUUUCACUGACAUUUUCUUAAAUUGCUUAUGAAAAAUUUGCAGAUCAUGAUUUAAUCCGUAGAUCAACAAGACUAUUAUAAAAACUUAGAGCAAGCAUUUCAGAUUAAAAGAUUAAAUUAUAAAAUACUUUGAAUGCUGAAAAAUCUCAGAAUGAUAUUGCUAUCAAAUUGCAUGAAAAUAAAAUUCAAUAAGUAAAUAACGAUUUAAUUAAAAUUUUAAUGGAAGAUCAUGAAGUUAUGUUACAAUAAUAUAAAUUGAAGAAGAGUCUUGUUGAUUAAAUCCAAUAAUAAAUUUAGAAUAGUCAAUAACUGAUCAUUUAAUUGAAUAAUGAGAUUCAAUUGAGAUAGAAAAACUAUAAGCAAUUAAUUAGUGAAUAUUAGCAAGAAAUUUAAAUAAUAAAUGAUUGCGUAUAAUAAAUUUAAAAUCAUUGA